AAUGACAACAAUAGACAGAUAAGUACUUUCCAGAAAGAGAAGUAAAAUUUCCUAUACUGUUUUGUCUUUUCACAGUUAAAGACUGCAAGGCACACAUAGAGUUAACCCAGCAUGCCAUGUUCUAGGUCAUAGGGAACAACCCAGCUAGAGUACGCCCUACCACGAUUACUAACCUCAUAUCUUCAAUGGCGUUCGCAGCACUGAGAGAGGAACUGACUUGCUCCAUCUGUUUGAAUAUCUACGAGGACCCAAUAUUGCUGAGAUGUGGGCACAACUUUUGCCGGCUCUGCAUCAAUCAUGUGUUCGAGUCGCAGGAGGCCUCUGGAGUUUAUACCUGUCCUGACUGCAGAGAGAAGUUUCUAGAGCGUCCUGCACUGCAAAGUAACCUAAAGCUAAGUAACAUAACAGAACAUUUCCAUUCUUCCCAACCAGCACAAGCAGAGACAGAGAUAUUCUGCUCCAGCUGUAUAGCGUCUCCUGUGCCUGCUGUUAUAUGGUGCCUGCAUUGUGAGGUUUCCCUGUGUGAUAACCACCUGAAAGUCCACAGCAAGUCUCAGGAACACGUCUUAAUGGAGCCCUGUAGUUCACUAAGGAUAAGGAAAUGUCCCUCUCACCAGAAGACCCUCACCUACUAUUGCUGCGAUGAGAAUGCUUGUAUCUGCAUUUCUUGCUUGCUGAAUGGAGGACACAAGGAGCACCAGGUGAUCAACAUCAAUGAAGCUUUUAAGAAGAAAACUGAAACCCUGAGAAGCCUUAUGACAAAAGGAGCUUCAAUAAAGGAGGAAGUGGAGGAACAUAUCCAAAGUCUUCAGAUGCACAAGCAGAGCAUGUUGGCAAAAAAAGAAAUUUUGACCGAGCAGGUUCAGGUCACCUUUAAGGACAUCGAAAAGCAGUUGGAUGGCUUAGCAAAGAGAAUCCUGUGUAAGAUCACAAGACGCGGAGAACAGACGUCACUCUCCAUCUCUGAUCUGAUCCAGCAACUGGACAUAAGGAAGGAUGAACUGUCCAGGAAAAUGUGUUACAUGGAGAAACUGUGUAACCUGACUGAUCCGCUAAGUCUCUUACAGGACCAAGGAGCCGAGGCGAAGUACACCUUUGACCAGGAGGACACCUGCAAGUUUGAGAGUGUUGUUAAAAUGAUGACUGCUGUAGAUGACAUGGAUGAGAACAUGGUCUCAAAGAUGGUACAAAUGGGUCUGUCUGAAAUUAUGGGCAAUGUUAGCAUAACAAAAUAUUUCCCAGCCAACAAAGCAGCGGAGAUCUUAUUGGAUGUCAACACCGCGGCCAACAACGUCUUUGUGUCUGGUGACUUGAAAACAGUUUCUUGUUCAGAACUAAACCAGGGUCGCCCAGAAACACCCCAAAGAUUUGAGGAAUGCAAAGUAUUAAGUACAAGGAGUUUUACAUCGGGUCAACAUUACUGGGAUAUGGACACCUGCAAAUCAGGAGGUUGGAGGGUGGGUGUAGCCUAUGCUAGUGUGGAGAGGAGAGGACCUCUAGCUUUUAUUGGGAAGAAUAAGAAAUCUUUUGGUCUCCGCAGGCUGGGGGACAGCUACUUUCUAAGAUGCAAUGAUAAUGAAAUCAGGAUCAAUCACAAAGCUAUGUGUGAAAAAGUUAGAGUUUACCUCGAUUAUAAUGCCGGGCAAGUUUCAUUCUAUGAGCUGAGUGACCCCAUCACUCUCUUACACACCACUAAUACCAUCUUUACUCAGCCCCUUCAUGCUGUGUUUGUUGUUUUUGACAAUGGGUGGGUCAGAAUAAGAAACUAAAGUGUAACACCAAUUCAUGUUCAUCGCUUAAAAAGAAUGUAUCACUUUUAUUUAAUAAAAACCAG